AAUUUUCACCACCUUCAAUAUUUUUUUACAAUUGACACAGUCAAAUAAUAUAUAAUAAACACUUUCUAUAGUACAGUUGGCCAAAGAAGGCCAACAACCAGUAUUCUUGGUUGAUACAGUUUGUGGUAGAGAUGCAUAUUUCUCGUUCAUGUGCCAGUCUACUCUUGAUAGAAAAUUUACCGGUUGAUUCUGUAAAAAUAAUUUAGUCAAGAAGAACCACUCUCUCUACUUUGAAAAAUAAUUUAUUCGAUCCUCGUAAAGAAAAUACAGCAAAAAAAGUCAAACAAGUGUAGUGUGGAAUUAUGAACCAUCAAAAUUUUUGAGGUUUUCUUAUUUCAGUUUGACAAUAAUAACAACUCAACAUAAUUUUGUUUGUUAUGAAAUUUAUGCACAAAAAAUAUUAUGAUUAGUAAAAGUACUUGUAAAUCUAAUCAUUUUUCACCAUAACCGUCUUACAUAGUUAAUUUAGUUUUUUUAAAAAUAUUUCUAUCCAUAAUAUUGAUACAUUCCGAGAACAAGAUAAUUCCAAACAAAAUUAUGAUAUCCAAUAAAAGUAUCUCAGAUAAAGGAAAACAUCGGCGUCACCAUUCUGGAAAUAAUAGAAGAAUAAUUGAUGCAAAUAAAAGAAAAGCAACGCUUGAAAAUAUAGAUCAUAAUUCUGUAAUCGUAUGUCAGUUUAAAAAAUAUGCUUCUGAACUUGAUGAUAAACAUGACCGAUCUGAAAAAAUUAUAAAAUGGAGUAGAGAUAUUACGAUUGAGAGUAAAAGAAUAAUUUUUCUUUUACAUACUCUAGAUGCAAAGAGUGAAACUGAAACUAUAUUAAAUAAUGCUAAGAUUCGUCUUGAAGCACUGGCAAAGACAAUAUUCAAGAAUAUCGCGAAUGAAUUAAAAAAUCAGGAUUCUUAUCAAUAUUUACGUUCUUAUACAGCUGGUCUUCAAGAAUAUAUUGAAGCUAUUACAUUUUAUUAUUAUCUAAAAACAAAUACUAUUCCACAUUGGACCACAUUACAAAACGAUUUAUCAUAUAAUGAUUUAGAUAUAAAAAAUGAAAUAUCGACUGAAGAUGUUACAAAUCUAUCUUCAAUGAAGCUACUAAUUACGCCAAAUGAAUACAUGUUAGGCGUUGCUGAUCUUACAGGAGAACUUAUGCGAAAAUGUAUUAAUAAUCUAGCAUUUGCUGAUACAGAAAGUUGUUUUAAAACAUGUAACAUCGUAAGAGAAAUUUAUAAUGGAUACUUAAGUUGCACUGGUUUAUGCGGAAAGGAAAUUCGUAGAAAGCUUUACGUUUUAAAACAAAGUCUUAUUAAGAUAGAAAAUGUUUGUUAUGCAAUAAAAAUUCGUGGCUCUGAAGUGCCAAGACACAUACUCAUUGAUGUUGUUAUCGGAGUUGCUGAAAACUAUGAUGCUGAAAAUGAUGAAGGAUGUCAAGCAUAUUAAAUGUAUUCUAACAAAUGGAACACAAAAAAAUAUGAAAUUAUACUUUCAAAAAAUGCUUCGUCAAUUCAAGCUAUGUAAAAUUAAAAAAUGUGCAAAAAUAUUUAUGUACAAAGUAUCAACUAAGUCCUUUAAUAUAUAAUAAAAAUGUGUGACAUUAAAAUUUAUAUAUUCAGGAAAAUAAAAUUUUUGUACUAAAGUUUCACUUACUCGAUAAAAGGUUACUUUUUC